AUGGCCGACGAAGGUCCAUACCGGGAACUGCUCCCUUCGAACGUAUCAACAGAAUUCGACCGUCUCGACCAACAAACCCGCGCCCUCACAUCCAUGAUGGGCGGCCACAACUUCGUCACCGACAUCUCCUCCCUCGCCGCUCGUGGCGACGACACCUCCCCUUUCCAAGCAAUCGAAGUCGGCGCCGGCACAGGCCUGCGGACCGCCGUACUGGCCCGCCAAAUCGCCCCCUCAGACGCCAACGCCAAAAUCUACGGCGUCGACCUCUCCCCAAUCCCAGCCCUACACGAGCAGCCCCCGACCGUCUCGUUCGUGCAAGGCAACAUCAUGGACCUCGCUACCGGCCCCUCCGCACGCUUCCCCCCAGCAACCUUCGACUUCCUCACCUCGCGCAUGCUCGGCGUCGCCAUCACCGACUGGCCCGCCUACCUCCGCACAAGCUUCGACCUCCUCAAACCCGGCGGCCGGAUCGAACUCCAAGAAGCCUGUUUCGGCUGGUACGACGCCUCGAGCGCGGAGCUCUCUCAGGACUGGCGCUGGAUGCAUGUGAUGCGGAAAGCCGGCCCCAAACUCGGCCUGGACUUCUGGGGGCCGCGAAAAUUCCCUGCGCAGCUGCGCGAGUGCGGGUUCGUGGACGUUGAGGUUAGGACGUUUAAGUGGCUUAUCUCCCCGGAGGAUGACGAGGAGAUUGCGCGGUAUACGGCGAAUGUGUUGCACCCGACGUUUGUUGGUCUGCUGGGGAGGGUGGUGGAGACGUCGGGGUUGGGGCUGGGGGAGCUGGAAGGGCUUGGGGGUGUGGAAGGUGUUAAGGGGGAUUAUUUGGAGACUGUGGGGAGGGCGCCGAAGGAGACGUAUUGUGAUUUUUGGGUGGUGAUGGCGAGGAAGCCGUAG